ACAACUUUGCAGUCAGCGCAGGUUGAGCAUGGCGUCUGUGUCUCACUCAUGAAAGUUUCGUAAACUUGCUCUGUCGAUCCGAAGAAGUAUGUAACAGAACUUUUAACUGUUCUACGUGUACCCAGUAUUCAAUAGUGGGCUUCGUCGAUACCGAAGACAUGGAAAAAUACUCCGGCAAGCAAGUUUGAAAGCGUGCUUUGGUGAAAUAGCUAGCUAGCUGGCCGGCUACCUAUGCAGCUGGCUAGGUAGUCAAGGUGCUAACCUGUAUCACAUACGUACAUUUUACGCCUAUUUAGUCCAAUAUACGUAUAUAUUUUUAGUUAAGACUUAAUUUUAUUAGUUGACGUCGUCAUAGUUUGAUUCUGAUAGUUGCCGUUAGCUGUUUGGUUCAGUUGUUUGGACGCAAAACAUGGCCCAGUCACCGGUAGCCGUGCAAGUCCCUGGAAUGCAGAAGAACAAGCUUCUGCAUGAUCAGUGAAGCAGGAUGCAGCCAGUCAUUGCCACAGAAAAAAAUAUUCAAGCCUUGGCUCGCUCGGGGGAAGUUUUAACAGACUUUUAGCCAUUGCCACUUACCAGCAUUGGCUGGCAUUUCACCACAACAUCCGUAUGCCCUGCUGUGCAUUGCUCGUUGGCAACAGAAAAAGGCCUUCAAUGUAGCCUCUUAAAGUGUCAUUACUUACAGUUGAUCUGAAGACUGGCUAAUUAUUUGUGUGGUCAGCGCUAAGGCUUCAGUAUGGCUAGCGAACAGCAGUCGAGCUCUGAUCCCAGGUCUGCGUUGACAAGAUGGUAACCACAGCAGCUGGAGGGAGUGGCAGGCCAGUGAGCUGGUUCCUUGUUGUUGUGGUGAUAUGAUAACAGGGCACCAGGUGGCUGCCUGGUAACAGUGGGCCUGUGAGGGUAGCCAGGUGUUGGAAUGAGAGGAGGAGUGGGGGUUGGGAUUGGUAGUCGAACUUCAUCAUGGCCUGGGCUAGAAUUCCUUCCAAAUAAAAGGACAGAAUGUCUUUGCUUUCUAGUUCUUUAGGCACUGAAUGUUGACACUGAAGGCUUAUUUGAAGCCACACUGUUUGCUGUGUUGUCUGUGUUAUACUUAGAUUUUGGAAAACCAUUUUUUCCCUGUGCAUGCCUUCUAGUAUGAAGCCAGGCAUUUGAUUAGCUGUGUUAUGAUGAACAUUUAGCAACAAUGACGGCUUUGUGCAAGGAGGUCUUUUAAUAAUUUGCAGAGUGUUUAGGAAAUUCUCUGCAGCGGUCCUCAGUUAUGGUCGGUUACAUGUCCUUCACACCUGCUGUAACCUGCCUGCAAAGAGAUAAGCAUUGAACACACACACACACACACACACUCUUGUUCAAACACAAUGGCCUUCUUUCUCUGUUGCCAACACAACAAAAGAGCUGCACAUUGCCCACAUAACAGCCGGGUCGACCCCGAGGAGCUGUUCACCAAGCUGGAGCGCAUCGGGAAGGGCUCCUUCGGUGAGGUGUUCAAGGGCAUCGACCACCGCACCCAGAACGUGGUGGCCAUCAAGACCAUCGACCUGGAGGAGGCCGAGGACGAGAUCGAGGACAUCCAGCAGGAGAUCACUGUACUCAGUCAGUGCGACAGCCCGCACGUCACCAAGUACUACGGCUCCUACCUGAAGGGUAGCAAACUAUGGAUUAUCAUGGAGUAUCUGGGUGGUGGAUCAGCGCUAGACCUGCUGCGAGCAGGUCCUUUUGAUGAGAUCCAAAUAGCCACCAUGUUAAAGGAAGUUCUCAAAGGCUUGGACUACCUACACUCAGAGAAGAAGAUCCAUAGAGACAUCAAAGCGGCCAAUGUCCUGCUGUCCGAGUCUGGCGAGGUGAAACUGGCUGAUUUCGGGGUGGCAGGGCAGCUGACAGAUACUCAGAUCAAGCGCGAGACGUUUGUGGGCACCCCGUUUUGGAUGGCUCCUGAGGUCAUCCAGCAGUCUGCCUAUGAUUCAAAGGCUGACAUCUGGUCUCUGGGCAUCACAGCCAUCGAGCUGGCCAAGGGCGAGCCCCCCAACUCGGACAUGCAUCCCAUGCGCGUCCUCUUCCACAUUCCCAAGAACACCCCACCCACCCUCAACGGCGAGUUCUCCAAGACCUUCAAGGAGUUUGUGGACCUGUGUUUGAACAAAGACCCUGCAUUUAGACCCACUGCCAAAGAGCUCCUGAAGCACAAGUUCGUAGUGAAGAACGCCAAGAAGACGUCCUACCUCACGGAGCUGAUUGACCGGCUGAAGCGCUGGAAGGCAGAAGGACACAGCGACGGAGACUCCAGCUCGGAUUCCGACUCGGAGUCCAGCAACAAGGAGAAUGACUCUUCCCAGCCAGAAUGGUCAUUCACCACCGUCCGCAAGAAGAAACCGGACAAGAAAGUGACCAAUGGGACAGUGAGCCGAGUUUUAGCUGAGCUGAAGCUCCAGCACAGGCCAGGCGUGCUGGAGGAGCUGGAGAGGAGCCUGCAGGCUGCGGAGGACAUGUGCCCAGGGCUCACAGACAAGAUGGUCAACCACAUCCUGGAGAGGGUGAAGAGGUUCUCUGUGAGUUAAUGCAAUGUGCAGAUGGUUUUACUAAACAGAUACACUCUCUCACACACACACACACACACACACACACACACACACACA